AUGCAUCCCGCCUUCUACAUUACCCACCCUGUUGUCAUUGUCAGCGUGCUAGCUGCCAUUGGAGGGAGGACGAAAAUGUCAUCACCAGCCAGUCCCACCUCCAUCUCCAUCUCCAGCAGUCUCUGCACCACAUAUAUCAGCAGCCUGUUUGCUGCAAUACGGCAUCACGAUGAAUUGGCAGAUAUGUCACUUCUCAACCUCACACAUUUUAUCCGACGUGCACAUCUACUGAAGGACAACAUUCUCCAGCCGCAGCCUCACACCGAGCCUGUUACUAUUGCUCCUGAAGUUAUACCACCCUCAAUCACCACAUUUCUCUCUCAGUCAUUCAACAUAUCGGUAGACGCGGUAGACCAUCUCUGGGAGAUCAUGAAGGAUCUUGUGUGGACCUUGCCGGAUGCAGCUGAGGAACAAGCUGAUGAGGAGGCUUCUUUCAAGAUUCAUGGACACCCACUAGGCCUCACAGUGUGUGUUCUUUAUCCUCCAGUCAAGAUGUGUAUCAAUCCCGAGUGCACUGCCUGGCAGCUCGGAUCUCUCCUCAAAAAAGAAGAGCAACAAUGUGUUGUUGUUUUCACACAUGCAAGUGGCGCACACCCUGCAUGGUCCAUUCACUUGAAAUUUCAAGCAUGCAAUACCAACUAUCAUCAUAAUUAUAGUGUCAAGAACAAGACUCGCACAUACUAUGGUGGAAUACCAUUGCAUAUACAGGUCACAGAGCAUCAAUUUGUCGAGCUUGAGUUGGCGAUGCAGUGGAUUGAUCUUAUGCAAAUUGCUGUUUCAGUAACGAACUGCACAUGCCUAUAUGAAAUCGCUCAAACCCAUAGCAGCACGGAGCGCGACGAAUCAUGGCAGUUCUUGAGCUCACUGACGACGUGGGAGGUCUGGGAUGCAUUUGUGAUUGUCUCGUUGCUUGAUCAUCAGCAGACGCGAAGGGGACAGCUUCAAGUCCCCCAUGACGGGGACCAAAAGGAUUGCUAUACAGCUGUGAUGCAUGCGUGCACCGAAUGGAUCAUGACUCAUGGUCAAGAAGAACUCCCCCAUGCAUGCUAUGGGUGCAUGCGAGCUUACACCUCACCUGAUGGCACGCUGCAGUCCACUGAAGUCAUUGUGACUGAUGGUGUCACCGUCGGAUGGCCCUGUUGUGCUAUACCAUGGUGCAAAAACCCACUAACGACCAACCACCAUAGGUACUGCCUUGAGCACCAAAAUCUCAAGAGUGUUUGUGCUGUGGAGGGCUGCGGUCAGGCAGUUACCAGUGAUCCCAAGACUGGGAAGCUUCUGAAGGCCUGCAAUGACCCUGUUCAUGUGAAGAUGGAAGCUGUGAAUAUGGAAUCCUCUCGUAGUGGGAAAAGCAGGACUCAGCACAACAAGAUCGCGAGGCUUGACAAUGCCAUGGAAUACAUGCAUGAUCUCAUCAACAAGGUUGAGUCUAUCCCUCUCCAGGACACCGAUGAAUGGUACGAGCAUGAGAUUGCUACUGGUGCUGUACGUUUGGUGCAGGCAUCUGUGACCACGUCAACAGGAGUUUCUGAUCUGGCACCUAAUGAGCCCUCCAACCAUGACAACGGUGUACCUGCAUGCUCUGGCAAAGAUGCUCCUGUCAAGCUGAAGGCUGUGUUUCGUCGACAACGCAUGAACAAUGAGCAGCUCAUUGUAUGGCCAUGUGGCAUCAUCAGUGGAUGA